AGCCAUCGUUACCAUUUUGCGAACCCAAAAGAUUUUACUCCAUUUUUCUUUGCUUUCACUUCUUCCCUUCUCACUGAUUUUCCUCUUCCAAUUCUCAGCUCAGAUCGCUUCAACAAACUCAUCAGUCACCCACCCAUUUUCACUCUCUUCUGUUCGCUCGCUCAAGUUAAUUCAAUCGUGUAAGCGCUUCAACUGGGUCGAAGUUCAUCGUUAGUUCAGCGGUUAGACUCAUGACCAUGGAGCUUUUCGAAAUUCAACCAGCUGAACUUAAGUUCACUUUUGAGUUGAAGAAGCAAAGUUCAUGCUUGAUACAACUUAUCAAUAAGUCUGAGCAACAUAUUGCUUUCAAGGUAAAAACUACAUCUCCCAAGAAGUACUGUGUGCGACCCAAUACUGGCAUUAUUAAGCCCAAGAAUACGUGUGACUUCACAGUCACCAUGCUAGCUCAGCGUACAGCUCCACCUGAUAUGCAAUGCAAAGACAAGUUCCUGGUUCAAGGCACAGUCAUCUCCCCUGGAACAUCUGAAGAGGACAUAACAUCUGAUGUGUUCGCGAAAGAUAGUGGCAAGCAUAUUGAAGAGAAGAAGCUGAAGGUCUUUCUAGCAAGUGCAACACCUACUCCCGUUUUGUUACCAAUUAACGGUGAAUUGAAACUAGAUUCAAACCAUGAAACUUCCAUGCCAAGAGAUAGAAUGCAAACAGGAGUUGAGAACAUACCUCCACCUAGUAAGGUUGCAGAAGACUCUAAUGGACUUGAUACCCGGAAACACAUAGAUGAACUUAGACCAGUUGAUACACCAGUAUCGUUAUCUCCACCUUAUAAGGUGGCUGAGGGAGUUGAGAAGAUCGAUACUUGUAAAGAUGCAGAUGAGAAUGGAGCAGCUGAAAAUGUUCCAACAAGACGAAGUGAGGUGGCCGAAUCAGUUGAGAAUAUUGAAACCAUGCCAGCUGAGGGAAUUGAGGAAUCAAAACUAUCGAAGGAUCUACCAGAAUUAAACUUAACGAAAGACUUUCAAGAGCUGAAAUCAAAGCUAGCUCUCAUGGAUGCCGAACUACUAGAGGCUGAAGCUACCAUAAUGAGGCUGAAAAAGGAAAGGACGGUAACAACUCAAGAAAGGGAAAUGCUCAAGCGUGAUUUGGAGACAUUGAGAAAAAGUGGCCAAAGAAGUAUCCAAGUAGGCUUCCCUUUAAUGUAUGUUUUGAUGGUUGCUUGUAUUAGUCUUCUUGUUGGAUAUUUCAUCCACCCCUAUUAGAAGCAAAACAAACCAAUAGGGGCUCCAUCAGGUAUGGUUGGAAAUAUUUUCUUUUUAAGAUUCUGGACUGGGCUGUUGUCUUUGAUGAGAGAUAGAGUCAUAGAGAGGAGAAUCCAAUAGUCUUUCUGUGUAGUCCAAUUGUUCUUGUUGUAUAUUGACUUGAUCUGCGCUUUUUUAUGAUUAUAUGUAAAGCUUUUUCUUAUCUAUAUAAUACAUAUAACAUUCUUGUCAUUAUAUAAUCGAAUACUACAAGGAUUUAAGCCUACAA